CGCCUCAAGAUUUAUAUUAUUUAACGAAGGUAGUUGCCCUGCAACUUCACGACGUAUUCGCACCUAGUUCAUCGGUAUCGUAGAAAGAGAGAAAAGAUACCGCCUCCUCUUCUACGAUGCCGGUCCCGGUAAGCCUCAUUCUUGUCCGUGCGCGCGCGGCGAACGCACCUGGUUAAACUUAAGCUUUAAUUAAAUAAAUUCAUUUUCGAUUCGUGAAUUUGCCAAAGGCAAGCAUGCCUAAGAGAAAAAUUAAAUCGGAUGAAGAACGUUGGAAGAAAAAGAUUAGGAAAUACGAAGCGAAGUUAAGACGGAAUUCGUCACGAAUUAUUUACUCAAGUGAUGAGGAGAUUUUACGAGAUGAACCGUCGCCACCUCCACAAAAUCUGGAAACCGAGGGGCUAGACGAACGAUUGGGUGUAUCAGCCGGGUUCUCGGAGGAACCUCCCGGGCCAGAACAAGUACCUGGGCCCUCGUCAACGUCGCUUCCGGUGGAACCAGUACCAGGACCCUCGUCCGCGUCGCUUCCGGUGCAACUAGCGCCAGGACCCUCAUCGGCGACGGAGCCUGCUGUACUCGCCGAGCCCGCCAUUGCACCAGAACAGCUUGAAGUCGAAGCAAUUGACCCGGAGCUACUUCAAAUUUUAGGUGAUUUUGUUCCUGAGGCGACGGAAUGGGGCGAGGAAAUUAACGACAAUUUGUCAAAAAUAUUGACGCCUAUCUUAAGAGAUGGGCUCAAAAAAGAGAUUAAGGAGGAAAUUUUGAAAAAUAAUUUACUACCAGUGAAUUGCCCAUUUACUAAGUCACCUAUUCUGAACGCCGAAAUAGCCGCAGUUCUAUUGGAAAAUGCUAGAAACAGAGAUUCCCGGAUAUCUAAAAAACAAAACCAGUUAGGCUGUGUUUUAUCGAUACUCGGAAAAAUCACUACGGCGCAAUACAAGAGCGCCGCUGAACCGCAAUGGUGGUCCGCUAGCCCCCCCUCCCCCGCAGACAUCGGCGCGCCGCCGGUAACCGGCCCCGCUGCGUCGCUGAUCCUCGGCGCAGGCGCCGACGCGCACGCGCACAGCGCGUUAUCCCCACUACACGAUGCUAGCCGAGCGUCGCGCCGACGCUAG